CUGUGAGAGAGAGUCUGAAAAACUCCCAUGACACGUGUCUGCAGUGUUCAGAGAUGAUGGAGAACAAACGAGAGACGGUACGCGAGUAAUAAUGAAUGAAAUAUAAUUCGGGUUCGUGGCGCUUUGUGUUGUUUUGUGUUUCGGGCCGCAGCACGGUUCGUGAAAAACUAGUCCCAUCAGAAUGCGCUUCCCUGCCUUUAUCCGCGCGCCCACAACGCUCGCGACGCCUCUUUCCCCGCAUUAACCGGUUGGUUCUGCGUCUUUGCCGCGCUGUGAUCUCACACAGAGAAAGAGAGACGCGAGUGCGAUGAAAUACAACAAUAGCGCGCCGCGCCGCGGAGCUGGAGCUAGAGAGGGGAAGGGGGAAGGGUUCGGAAGCGGCCGGGAGUUUCUCCUGUGAGCGGAAGGAGACGGACGCACGGACUGCGCGAUGUCGCGGUCACACUGAAGCACCGACACAAUCAAACCGAUGAGAAACUGCGGCGGAGAUUCAGCGCGAGGAAUCCGGAUCACAGACGCACGCAGCCGGAGCGAUGCGAGCGAGGCGGCGCGGCUGAGCGUUGAAGAUGGGUGCCGUACUACACAGUCUCUUACUGUGCACUUUGUGUUUGCAGAUUCGGGGCCUGCCGCUCCUCUUGUAUGCGAACCGGAGGGACUUGCGGUUGGUGGACGCGGCUCACGGUCGAGGGAACGCCACGGUGGUGAUCGGCGGUUUGGAGGACGCAGCGGCGGUGGAUUACGUUUACGAGCAGGGACUGAUUUACUGGAGCGACGUGAGCGAGGAGGCCAUCAAGCGGACGCUGUUUAACGGGUCAGGGCCCGGCGGGCUCCAGAACACAGUCGUGUCCAGUCUGGCCUCUCCGGACGGCCUGGCCUGUGACUGGAUGGGGAAUAAGCUCUACUGGACCGACUCCGAGACCAAUCGGAUAGAAGUGGCCGAGCUGGACGGGACGCACCGGAAAGUGUUGUUCUGGCAGGAUCUGGACCAGCCGAGAGCCAUCGCUCUGGAUCCGGCCCGAGGGUACAUGUAUUGGACGGAUUGGGGUGAGGUCCCGAAGAUCGAGCGCGCUGGGAUGGACGGGACGCAUCGCUCGGUCGUCAUCGACUCUGAGAUCUACUGGCCCAACGGCCUGACGCUCGACUACGACCUGCAGAAACUCUACUGGGCCGACGCCAAGUUCAGCUUCAUCCACCGCUGCAACCUGGACGGAUCGGGCAGGGAGGUGGUGGUGAAGGGCUCUCUGCCGCACCCGUUCGCGCUGACGCUGUACGAGGACACGCUCUUCUGGACGGACUGGAACACACACUCCAUCCACGCCUGCCUCAAACACACGGGAGAGAACAGCCACGAGAUCCACACCAACAUCUUCUCACCCAUGGACAUACACGUCUACAGCCAGAAGCGGCAGCCGCUGGAGGUGACGAGUCCCUGCGCGCUGAAGAACGGAGGAUGUUCCCAUCUGUGUCUGCUGUCUCCGGUCAAACCUUAUUACCAGUGCGCCUGUCCGACCGGCGUCCAGCUACUGGUCACACACUACUCUCAGAGAAACCUGUGCAAAACCCAAGAUUUAAAUAGAAACAUGAUUUAUGCCCUAGUGACUCAGUCUGUGCUCAACAGGUAUCACUGUGCCACUCAGCUGCUGCUUCUGGCGCGGCGCACAGACCUGCGGCGGAUCUCUCUGGACACGCCAGACUUCACCGACAUCGUGCUGCAGACCGACGACAUCCGGCACGCCAUCGCCAUCGACUUCGACCCGGUGGAGGGACACGUCUACUGGACGGACGACGAGGUGCAGGCCAUCCGCAGGUCCCACCUGGACGGGAGCGAGGCUCAGUUCGUGGUGACCUCGCAGGUGAAUCAUCCGGACGGGAUCGCCGUGGACUGGAUCGCACGCAAUCUGUACUGGACCGACACCGGCACGGACCGGAUCGAGGUGACGCGGCUGAACGGAAGCAUGAGGAAGAUCCUGAUCUCGGAGGAGCUGGACGAGCCGAGGGCCAUCGUGCUGGACCCCGCCGCCGGGUACAUGUACUGGACAGACUGGGGUGAAGUGCCGAAGAUCGAGCGGGCGGCUCUGGACGGGACGGAGCGGCUGGUGCUGGUCAACACGUCUCUGGGCUGGCCCAACGGACUGGCGCUCGACUACAGCGAGAGGAAGAUCUACUGGGGAGACGCCAAGACCGACGUCAUCGAGGUGAUGCAGAUGGACGGAUCGGGCCGGCGGGUGUUGGUGGAUGAUAACCUGCCGCACAUCUUCGGUUUCGCGCUGCUGGGCGACUACAUCUACUGGACGGACUGGCAGCGGCGCAGCAUCGAGCGCGUGCACAAACACAGCCUGGAGCGCGAGGUGAUCGUCGACCAGCUGCCCGACCUCAUGGGAAUCAAGGCCACAUACGUCCACCAGACCUUCGGUAUGAACCCGUGUGCGCUCGCUAACGGCGGCUGCAGUCACCUGUGUCUCUAUAAGCCGCAGGGCGUGUCGUGCGCGUGUCCCAUCGGUCUGGAGCUCAUGGCCGAUCUGACCUCCUGCAUCGUCCCCGAGGCCUUCCUGCUGUUCUCCCGCCACACGGACAUCAGGCGCAUCUCGCUGGAGACCAACAACAACAACGUGGCCAUUCCACUCACCGGCGUCAAAGAGGCGUCCGCGCUCGACUUCGACGUCACCGACAACCGCAUCUACUGGACAGAUAUAACGCUGAAGGUGAGACACACGGUUACGGUCCCACAGUCUGCUUCUCUUCCUCUCAGCUUCAUGUACUGGACAGAGUGGGGUGGACGGCCGAAGAUCGACCGCGCGGCCAUGGAUGGUUCUGGACGCAUCACUCUGGUGCCGAAUGUGGGCCGCGCGAACGGACUGACCAUCGACUACACCGAGCGGCGGCUGUACUGGACGGACCUCGACACCACGUUGAUCGAGUCCUCCAACAUGCUGGGUCUGGAGCGUGAGGUGAUCGCUGACGAUCUGCCGCAUCCGUUCGGACUCACGCAGUACCAGGACUACAUCUACUGGACCGACUGGAGCCAGCGCAGCAUCGAACGGGCCAACAAGACCAGCGGGCAGAACCGCACCAUCAUACAGGGCCACCUGGACUACGUCAUGGACAUCCUGGUGUUCCACUCGUCCAGACAGAGCGGCUGGAACGCCUGCGCCUCCACCAACGGUCACUGCUCGCACCUGUUGUGUGUGUCAGCGCCCACAUCCUUCCUGCUGUUCAGUCAGAAGACAGCCAUCAACCGUAUGGUCAUCGACGAGCUGCAGAGCCCCGACAUCAUGCUGCCCAUCCACAGCCUCAGAAACGUGCGCGCCAUCGACUACGACCCGCUCGACCGCCAGCUCUACUGGAUCGACUCCAAGCAGAACGCCAUCCGCCGCGCGCAGGAGGACGGGAACCAGAGCGAGACGGUGGUGUCCAGCGCGAGCCUCGGCCUGCAGCCCUACGACCUCAGCAUCGACGUCUACAGCCGCUUCAUCUACUGGACCAGCGAAGUGACCAACGUCAUCAACGUCACGCGCAUCGACGGGUCACGGGUCGGCGUGGUGCUGCGCGGAGAACACGACAAACCCCGCGCCAUCGUGGUCAAUCCGGAGCGAGGGUACAUGUACUUCACCAAUCUGCAGGAGCGUUCUCCGAAGAUCGAGCGCGCCGCUCUGGACGGGACGGAGCGCGAGGUGCUGUUCUUCAGUAAUCUGGGCAAGCCGGUCGCUCUGGCCGUCGACAACGAGCUGGGAAAACUCUUCUGGGUUGACAUGGACCUGAGGCGCAUCGAGAGCAGCGACCUGUCCGGAGCCAAUCGCAUCGUGAUCGAGGACUCCAACAUCCUGCAGCCGGUGGGUCUGACGGUGUUUGGGAACUUCCUGUACUGGAUCGACCGGCAGCAGCAGAUGAUCGAGCGCAUCGAUAAGAUCACGCGCGAGGGACGCACCAAGAUCCAGGCGCGCAUCGCCUCUCUGAGCGACAUCCACGCCGUCCACGAGCUGCGCAUGGAGGAGUACAAUAAACACCCCUGCACGUCUGAUAACGGUGGCUGCUCGCACAUCUGUCUGGUGAAGGGAGACGGAUCCACGCGCUGCUCGUGUCCCGUUCACCUGGUGCUGCUGCAGGACGAGCUCUCCUGCGGAGAGCCGCCCACGUGUUCUCCGGAGCAGUUCUCCUGUGUGUCCGGCGAGGUGGACUGUAUCCCGCAGGCCUGGCGCUGCGACGGCUUCGCUGAGUGUGACGACAGCAGCGACGAGCGAGACUGUCCCGUCUGCUCCGAUGAGGAGUUCCAGUGCGACAGCAAGCAGUGCGUGGACUUCUCUCUGCGCUGCAACGGAGAAAUCAACUGCCAGGACCGGUCCGAUGAGAACAAAUGUGAAGUUCUCUGUCCCAUGGAUCAGUUCACCUGCGCCAACGGCCAGUGCAUCGGGCGGCACAAGAAGUGUGACCACAACACGGACUGCACAGACAACUCGGACGAGAUCGGCUGCUACGCGACUGAAGAGCCGUCCUUUCCUCCGACGAACACCAUCGGCUCUAUCGUGGGUGUGGUGAUGCUGCUGUUCGUGGUGGGCGCUGUGUAUUUCGUGUGCCAGCGUGUGCUGUGUCCUCAGAUGAAGGACGACGGCGAGACCAUGACCAAUGACUUCGUGGUGCACGGGCCGCCGCCGGUGCCUCUGGGGUACGUGCCUCACCCCGGCUCUCUGAGCGGCUCGCUGCCAGGCAUGUCUCGUGGGAAGUCGGUCAUCGGCUCGCUGAGCAUCAUGGGAGGCAGCAGCGGUCCUUCGUAUGAUCGAGCACAUGUGACCGGAGCCUCGUCCAGCAGCUCCUCCAGCACCAAGGGCCCAUACUUUCCUCCGAUCCUGAAUCCCCCUCCGUCUCCCGCCACAGUGAGGUCGCAGUAUACGAUGGAGUUCGGUUACUCGUCGAACAGCCCGUCGACGCACCGAUCGUACAGCUACAGGCCGUACAGUUACCGUCACUUCGCCCCUCCGACGACGCCCUGCAGCACAGACGUGUGCGACAGCGACUACACGCCGGGCCGAAGGGCUCCGCACGCGUCCAGCGCCGCCACCAAGGGCUACACCAGCGACCUGAUCUACGACUCGGAGCCGCUGCCGCCGCCGCCCACCCCACGCAGCCAGUACCUGUCUGCAGAGGAGAACUGUGAGAGCUGCCCGCCGUCGCCCUACACCGAGCGCAGCUACUCGCACCACCUGUACCCGCCGCCACCCUCGCCCUGCACGGACUCAUCCUGAGCCCCGCCCACCUCCGCAUAAGCCCCGCCCUGCACGGACUCAUCCUGAGCCCUGCCCACUGCUGUGUAAGCCCCGCCCACCUCCGCAUAAGCCCCACCCUGCACGGAUUCAUCCUGAGCCCCGCCCACUGCGGUGUAAGCCCUGCCCACCUCCGCAUACGCCCUGCACGGACUCGUCCUGAACCCCGCCCACCACUGCAUAAGCCCCGCCCUGCACGGACUCGUCCUAAGCCCCGCCCACUGCCACGUAAGCCUCGUCCUGAGCCCC